GCGAAGAAUGGCGAAAAUGUAAACAUGAAAAUAGUGUGUCCUUUUGAUCUAGACUUUGCGGAAGAAAAUAGAAAUACUCAUGAGUCUUAGUGAAAUCGGGUAACGGAACGUCGAAUAUUUCAGGAUGAGGAGCAGAAGUAAUUCAGGAGUUCGACUAGAUUACUACUAUCGUCUAGUUUCAGAGACAAUUCUUGCUUAUCAGAACCCUAUAUCUGGUUUAUUACAAGCAACUGCAGAUCAAAAGCAUGCCUGGGUCAGGGAUAAUGUCUACAGCAUCAUCUCCGUCUGGGGCCUGGCCUUGGCCUAUCGCAAGCAGGCGGACCUCGAUGAAGACAGGGCCAAAGCUUACGAGCUGGAACAGCGAGUUGUAAAGCUGAUGCGUGGCCUGCUAACCAGUAUGAUGAAACAGGUGGACAAGGUAGAAUCCUUCAAACUCACCCAAAGCCCUGGAGACUGCUUGCAUGCCAAGUACGACAGUGAGACAGGUGACACGUGUGUCAGCGACAGUGAAUGGGGACAUCUUCAGCUUGAUGCUACGUCUCUCUACCUGCUGCUCCUCUCACAAAUGACUGUGUCUGGUUUGCAGAUAGUAUUCACAUUAGAUGAAGUGGCAUUUAUCCAGAACCUUGUCUUUUACAUCGAAGAAGCUUACAGGAUAGCGGAUUAUGGUGUAUGGGAGAGAGGAGACAAGACCAAUCAUGGUCAACCAGAAUUGAACUCCACCUCUAUAGGAAUGGCCAAGGGUGCUAUGGAGGCGAUCAAUGAUUUAGACCUGUUUGGAGCUAGAGGUGGUAGGAAGUCAGUCAUCCAUGUUCACUCUGAUAAGAUAGCCCAAUGUCAAGCCAUCCUUCACUCCAUGCUGCCUCGGGAGUCAAGUUCAAAGGAGAUAGAUGCAGGGUUGCUAAGUGUCAUUGGUUACCCUGCCUUCGCAGUGGAUGAUGAAUCCAUUAUCAACGUGACAAGACAACAGAUCCUAGACAAGCUCCAAGGGAGAUAUGGGUGCAAGCGAUUCCUCAGAGAUGGACACCAAACUGCUAAAGAGGACCCGAACAGACUGUACUACGAGCCUGCAGAACUGAAGGUCUUUGAGAACAUUGAGUGUGAGUGGCCUCUGUUCUGGACUUACCUUGUCCUGGAUGGUAUCUUUAGAGGCAGCAAAGAACAGGUGGAUGAAUACAGUGAAGCCCUUGAGGAACUCAUUCAAAGGAACCCCAAUGGCACCAAGGUCAUGCCAGAACUCUACUAUGUACCAGCUGAUAAGGUUGAGCUGGAAUACAAGAACCCUGGCAGCCAGGACCGUUUACCCGGUGGUAAGAUGCCUCAGCUGUGGGGGCAGUCCCUGUACAUCCUGGGCUGUCUCCUCAGGGAAGGCUUCAUAGCACCGGGUGAGAUUGACCCCCUCAACAGACGACUCUCUACGGAACCCAAACCGGAUCUUGUCAUUCAAGUUGCAUUAUUGGCCGAAGAUAAUUACAUUCAGGAAAAGAUGAAAGAACACGGCAUCCAGAUCCAGACGGUAGCAGAGGUCGCUCCUAUCAAAAUACGUCCUGCGAAGGCGCUGUGCAAUAUAACAAGACUCAUGGGUCACAAUGAUAAACUGGGAUUAUCUGGAAACGUGAAGAAAGAAGUGGGUAUCCUUAGCACCAGUAAACUCUACGCAAUCCAUGAAAAAAUCAUAGCUUUUCUACCACAGUUCUUGGACCAUCAUCAGUUCUACCUUGCCCUUGACAAUGACCUUCUAGCCAGCAUCUGUAUGAAUGACAUGUCCUAUCUCAGGUAUAACUGGAGAGAGCUAGGUCGACCAACCAUGUGCAUAGAGGUCAGGCACAGCAUGAUGGAAGAUGAUGAUGUCCAGAGAGCCAUGAUCAACAUCUUUCAAAAGUUUCAAUCUGGAUAUGUGAACGGUGUUCAGGUCCAGUUGAGGAAUCUAUCUGACAUCAUCAACACAUCAUGCAUAGAGAAACUAAGCUAUCUGGAGGGCUUUUCCACCUCAGGUUCAGAACUCUCUCAGGCCCUAGAGCCAUCCAGUGACUCCUCUGUCCCCGAGCCUUGCCUACGAGGUGCAAAGCAAUUAGACCCCACCGCCUCCCACCACCAUCACCACGGCAACCACCAUGACCUUCAACAUCAUCUGCACAUCCUGCACCAGGAGCAACUCCAGCAGUCCUCCGAUGAAGACGAAGGAGGGAUUCACCUCUUGACCUCGACCCCGAUAGAGAUUCCACGCUCAUCAUCUAUUCACACCUCGGAUAAGGGCACGGGAGAUAACCCCCGGUCCUCCUCUCGUUUUCAUGGCAUCGUCCAAAGAACAAGGUCCAUCUAUAUAGAAGAGAGCUCUGCUAAUCCAGAUACACGGCCGCUCAUGUACCUUUUGAAUCGCAAGGCCUCCAUUCACUUUAACAUGCCCUCCAUACGUCAUGUGGAGUCCCCCACGCUCACCCACAUCAGAGAGCAGUUCAUUGAGCAACAAAAGCAACAAGAACAAGAGCACCAUCAUCAUCAGCAUCAUCCUAAGCUUAAGCGGGAAGGCAGCGUGGAGUCGUACACGACCCCGUAUACGACCUCCUUGCUACAAGAAGAUGAUACGGACUCGCAUGAAACUGUCUUUGAAAAUACUGGCAUUGAAAUUCCGCUCUCGUCAUCUCCGGGUAAAUUUCACCUCCGUCCCGACGCUGAUGGGUCGUUUGGCUCCCCUAUGAAGAGGACGCCAUCUUGGUUUGAGUACAAGGAGUUGGAAGAGAUCUAUAAAGGCCAGGAGGCUGCCCAGUUAGUCCAACAGCUUCAGGAGUCAGACUCUCUGCAUGAACAGGCUGACAUAGUGCACUACCUGUAUGAGUCAAAGGGUAUGGAUUGGGACACAAAAAUCAAUGGUAAACCUGGAGUGACUGUCAAGGCAUUGAUUGAGGAGCUUUAUUACAAGAGUGCCCAUCACAAGACAUGGUCCGUGGUGCGUCACACGGCCGGUAUCCUAUGCAAGAGGGUGGAGCACCUUGCCAAGUCAGUGACUGACCUCUUAGUAAGGCAGAAGCAGGUGUCAGUGGGUCUACCCCCAGAGCCCAGGGAGAAGAUCAUCACUGCUCCCCUCCCACCGGAGGAACUAGAGACACUCAUCUAUGAGGCCUGCGGAGAGGAUCGCAGCUCGGCUGUGCUUACACAGGAAUUACUGAUCUACCUCUCCAUGUUCAUCUGUACGGAGCCAAACCUCUUCACUGAGAUGUUGAGAUUGAGGGUGGGACUGAUCGUACAGGUCAUGACCUCUGAACUUGCUAGAGCCAUGGAAUGUGAAGUGAAUGAAGCAUAUGAGCAGCUGGUGACAUUAAGUCCUUUUGAAAUUAAGGAUCUUCUGCAUCACAUCCUCAGCAGUAGAGAAUUCAUGGUCAACACAACAUCACAUCGUGCUGGUACGAUGGAACGCCAGCUGUCUAUUGUGAGUUCACGAUCCAACAAGUUCCAUGGGAUGUCCUACCUCAAGGGUCAGAUAUCCACAAGUUCCUCAGACAAGCCCUAUUCGACCGUGAGUGGUGACUUGAUGGAGGAGGAGCUGACGGAGCGUCAGGGUCAGUGGUUGAGGAGAAGACGGUUAGAUGGCGCCCUCAACAGGGCACCUCCAGACUUUUACUUUAAAGUUUGGAAGAUUCUAGAAAAGUGUCAAGGCCUACGUAUUGUGAGUCACUUCUUACCCCAGCACCUGACCCGUGAGAUGACCCCUCAUGAGUUCAAGUUUGCACUCAGAGUGGAAGAGGUUCUCAACAGGAUUCCUGAGCAGGAGUACCGCCAGCUGAUGGUGGAGUGCUUGAUGGUUAUCUCUCUCGUCGUUGAGAAUGAGUGGUUACAUAACCUUGGAGGGGUCAUAGCAACAGACAGACUGGUAGCAGAGGCUAAUGAACUCUUCUUACAAGAUCAGGUGACCUAUGAUGGUGAUGCUACUCUCUGCUGUGCGACCCCUGACCGUAGAGGACCUUCACCUCUUCCUCUGACCUGUGGCGGCAUUGCAGGUAUAUGCCUCCACUUCUAUGAUACUGCCCCCAUUGGCCGCUAUGGAACAAUGACAUACCUUGCUCGUGCUGUUGCCAAGCAACUCAACUUGACGCAGCAUUUUGGUGCUGAUGCUAAGGUGGAAUGCAAAGUUAGCUGAUUAUUUGAAUAAAAUUGAUUUGGGGGUUUGGGGAAAGGAAGGCAUUUACUUUUCUUUAUUAUUACUUAUUGCUGGUCUAUUCUAAUUAUGAUAAUUCAUACAAAAUCAUGAAGGAAGGAGGGUUCUUACAGAUUUGAAAGAUUUACAGAUUUCCUUCAAUUUUUGCUAAUUUGUAAAUUGAAUGUGCUUGUAAUGUACAAAUAUUUAUUGCACACAGCUAAGGUGCUAAUAAUGAUUUUAAAUGUUAGUAAAUACUCCAUGAUAGAUUCAUAUAAGUGUUGCAUACAUUCAGAUGUUCUACAGAAGAAAGAUAAACAGACGGAUUGAUUAAAAAUAUUUGUUUAGAAAGCAGUUUAGUUAUGUCUUACUUACCCGUCUCAGUGCCAUUAGGUGGUUUAACUGCUCAAAUUAAAAAAUGAAUUCUACCAGUUUUACAGUUGGUGAAACUUGUCUUUCCACUCUGAAAUUGAAUCAAAAUUGGUUGCAGAAAAGUUUGAUGUCGUUGAACUCUGUUUUUAUCAAAUACAACAACCCCCCCCCCCUCCUCCCCCUCCACACACACACACAAAAAACUUCUUUUUAAAAACCCUUGAUUUUUUAAACUUCUGUAUUGAAAUCAUAAUCCUGAUCAGUGUUUCAAAACUUAGUAGCUGCAUAUUUUUAAAUAUUAACAUUGUAAAAUUAAAGAAACAUGUAUUUGAUCAUUGGAGGAGCUUUAUGAUUCAUAUUUGUUACCUGCUCUUACAAAUACCAUUUAAAUUUCUGGAUGAAGUCCCACAAAAUCAUUUUAAAAAAGUGAACUGUAACCAAGUGAGCUAUCUUUCUCAACAUUUUUAAUGAUCCUCUCAUAACUCUUAAAAUGAAAAUUAUUUCUCUUAAAAUUAGGCAAAUAUUUAACGUUAAAAGAGAAAACUCACAAAGGCUUAUUAGUACUUCAAAGUGACUGUUGAUUAAGCUCUCAAUUCGAUUCAGAAGAGAAGAAAUUAUAUGGAUUAUAUCUUGUCUUUUUCCCUCCGAUCUAGUUGUGUAAUCAAAGAAAACAAUACAAUGCCUAAAGUGUGGAUGUUUUUUCUGAUUAUUAUUAUAUAACGGUGUUUUUUAUAUGGAUUGCUGUAUUUUUAGGGUGAAAUAUUUGUGUGUAACAAUAGACAGCUGAAAUAAAUAUAUUGAUAUAUUUGUAUAUUUCCUUAGUUUUUAGCGACACAAGCUUUGCACAUACAUCCUUGUAGGAUGGUCCUAGUGUUUCAAAAAUGUACUGACAUGAAUCACCAUUGUGUGGCGAUUGUGCUAGGUUUGGAUAUGACUACAAAGUUUCCCAUUGUCCUAGAAUAAUUUUUGGCUGCGUUUAAGCUCAACUUUGAAGGCAGAAUGAGCGAUAUGAAACGCUCAUCAUAAUUGCUCAUCGUAAUCGCAAUUCCACGGUGUACUGUUUAUGCUCACUUCUCUGGCUCCUCCAGGCAAUUCUUGCUGGGUGGCCCUAAUUGGUCUUGCAGCUGGAUUCGCAAACCUGCGCUGUGCAUGCUACGUAGACCCACUAGAGGCGAUCGUGAUUGCCAUUUUUCAGUGAUUCUACAAAAGUGAGAAAGGACGCAACCGUGUUUUAAACUAAACGCGUAACAGAUGCCUGAUUCUGGCCAGAAAAAGUUGAGCAUAAACACCCCCUUAGAGUGUGCACUCCUGUUUAGAUAAUUUGUGCGCUAGUACUAGAUAUAAUUUGGAUAAUUCCAUCUAUAUGCUUUAAUAUCAUAGAUUUUCUUACGAUUAUCAAAAUUCUAUACACAGUUGUACAAUUUCAAGCUGUGAUGUCUUAUAUUAAGUAAGUGACUAGCGUAUGUAACUUUGCUGAGAUUCCUUCCCCCUUUGGACAUAAAAAAAAAGAUAUACAGUAUAUAUGAAUGAAUCAGUGAAUAUAAAAUUGUGAGAACCCAGUAUAUUGGUGCAUUUGUCUUCCAAGGCAAUGCCAUAAUUUAUAAAUCAUGUAUCUCAUUGCAUAAUGAUAUGUCGUAAUAAAGUGACUACCCUAUUUUCUUAGGGUUUUGCUAUUUUAAUCACGUAUGAGGAAAUUUCUUAUAAAUAUAACUUUUUGGUAAUGUCAAGGGGUACACGAGGUACUACUUGGUUGUUGUUUUUUUUACUAGGUUACCAUUCUGUAAAAUCUAAAAAGAAUCCAAACAGAUACAUGUAGGUUACACUGAAGUAGAUACACACUAUUUUAUACAUGUAGUUACAAAAGCUUGUAUUGGAUGAUGCAAAGUUGCCUAAAACAUGGUGUAAACAGCAAUAAUUCUUCCUUUUUCAGUUUGCUUAGACUUUAUGAAUCUGGUUUACUAUUUAGGUACAAGGUGAAAUCUUAUUUUGUUGAAGAUGAAGUGUUGCAUUCUUAUUGUAGAUAGUUACAGCUAUUUUUUAAUUUUUUUUUUUAUUGUUGAUUGAAAAUUUGUAGUGUGUGUUUUGAGAAGCUUUGUACUCUAAUGAUGUACUGAUGUCCAGUUGGAUGACUAUUUGUUGUUUUUAUCAGGUAGAUGUAUGUGUGUUUGUACAGAAAAUGUAUAUUGUACAUAAAGCUUAUUUAUUUAUAGUACAUAUGGGUAUUAUUAACUGAGCAGCUUUUCUAUUUUAUCUGCUUCCUGCAUUUUUCAUGAGGAAAAUAUGACGGUAAUACGAGACUGAUUUAUUAAAAGAGGGACUCCAUUUGAGCGAUUUUGUCUGUUUAUUGUUAACUGACAGAUAAGUUCUUGUUUCACAAGCUUGUCGUAUCCUUAAGCAAGGCAUUUCAUUUGCAAUGGUUCCACCCACCCAAGUGGAUAUGAACACCACUGUGGUUGGAUUAGUAAUUUGCAUCUCUUUAUAAUCGCACCUGGCUGUAUUGCUUACCAGGGAGUGGAGAAUGUGCACACAGUGUGUGCAGGCAAGCCUGAUUCCAAUGAUUGGGGUAACAAUAUAUCUGUAAAGUGCUAGAGACAUCAGAUGCAUUGAAUCAUAUAUAUUGGAUACGUCAGAUGGUUAUUAAAGUUAUUUUGUGUCCCUUAUUCAUAAAGAUUGAUGUGCAUUUGCAGGAGUGGUUUUUUGUUUUUUGCCUAUACCAUAUGAGUAUUAUACAUGUUUCCUGAAUGAUACCCAGUGUCAAAUAAAAAGGAAAGAUCUUGCUGAAGCACGAGUGAAGGAUUCAUUUCCUGAUUUUCCUCAGCAAAAAUCAUCAAGUUCCCAUAUUGUAGAUAUCUUCACUACCCAAUGUAGGACCUAAAAUAUUGCAUUGUGCAAAGAACCUCACCAAAUGAAACACUAGGUUAGAAAAUUUUGAUGCAGUCAUACGCUCUUUUUUAUAUUAGCUGUUUAAAAUGUUAUUAUAUCAUGACAGAAAUGCUAAAACUGGAGCAAUUUUUAAAGCCCUUUUUAUAUCUUUUUAUGUCAUUAGUUACUUACAAUCCUAAUUUUUCAGGUUAUACAAGAUAAAGGUUAUCUUUAGUUUAUGUAAUGGAAUCUCAUUUUAUGAUUAAUAGUGUACAAGGCAUUCUGAAUAUUUUACCAUGCAUUAAUUAGUUGUUUAGACCAGCAAAACUAUAAAACGCAUCCUUGUAGAUAUGCACUCAUGAAUGCCUACAUCAUUCUACUGAUGAUUCAGAUUGAUGAUCAAACCAAUUUCAUCUCAUUUCUUUUCUUUGCUGUCAUAUCAAAGGAAACAUGCAGUUAUUAAUUAUGUUUUACUUGCAUUGAUUAACGCUCGACGCUUCACAUUUGUCACUUGAGAUUUGAUGAUUCAGAAGGAACUUGAAAAGUCUUUUGAUAAAAUGACGCACUUGCAAUGUAACAGGGCAUAAUUUAUUAAUAUAAAUAUGAAUUUAUUUUCUCACCUGUAAUGUAUGGAACAUGUCCAUUUUGGCAUUUAUAAAUAGUCAAGUGUCAAUUGCCUGUGGCUGUGUACACACAUGGUGUGAAUUGCCGCACCAUUGAGAUUGUGGUUGAUGUCCAACUGUGGCGAUUUUUUUAUUUUUUUUUUGCCCCAGAUUUCUUUUUUGUCCUCUUUCUCCCUCUUCAAGUUCUUAAAACAGUCAUAAUCUUAUUUUGAUUUCAUUUAAUUGAGCUGAUUGUUUUUAUUUCUCGCAGUACAAAAACAAUUUCUUUGUUUAUUGAGCUGGUGAUGAUGUAAAUCAUGAUUUGCAUUAAUCAAAA